AUGAGGCCGGAAGAAGCGCCAGAAGACGCGGGGAAGCCGCGCCGCUGCGCCGGCGUUUCGGCGGCAAGCAGCCCGCUGUCGUUUUGCGUGUCGAGUUCGCUCCGAAACUUGAAGUCUUUGAUGGAAGAAGAGGAUUUAAAUGCUAUUUCCGACAUUUUUCUUCAAAUUUGCAAAAACAAUUCCCUUUCUUGUCCCCAUUGCAAGUCCGAAACGCCCCCCCGGCCCUCCUCCGCCUCCACUGCUGCGCCUUCUUCUUCGCUUUCCCUUUCUGCUGCUCUCGUCGCUCCUGCUGCAGCCGAGCCCCGCGGUGUACGUACACCCGAACGCAUGCACUCUGCACGUACACCCGAACGCAUGCAAACCCACCCUCGCCCCGCCGACGCUCCCCAGCCACUUCUGCCUUUCUCUUCAAAGUGCAACUCCGCCAAAGACACCUGCGCGGGCAGCAGCAGCAGCAGCAGCAGCAGCAGCAGCAGCAGCAGCAGCAACAGCAGCAGCAGCAGCAGCAGCAGCAGCAGCAAGGUGGCUGAGGAGGCGUCCCUGCGGCUCGCAACUCCGUGCAAACGAGUUUGCGGCUCUUUUGUGGAAUCUUCAAAAAGCAAACAAAGAGACAAAACAAGUUUAAACAAAUCUGCUGCUGCCUCUCUCACCCGGCGAAGCCCCCGGCUGCACCCGCCUGCUGCUGCUGCAGCAGCAGCAGCAGCAGCAGCAGGCCGUGGAAGCCUCUCCAGAGCAGCAGCAGCAGCAGCAGCGUACGGCUGCAGGAAAAGGAGACAAGAAGAAGACGCAGCAGCGAGAGAAGCAAAAAACAGAAAACAGACAAAAGACACGCGAGCAGCAGGCGCAAGAGCAGCAGCAGCACCAGCAGCAGCAGCAACAGCAGCAGCAGGAGCAGAUAAUGUUGAAAGGGGAGGGCUCUCGCCGCUUAAGACAGACGACAGCAAAAGAAAAGGAAAUUCGAAAUCUGAACUUUUAAAAAACUCGCAAAAAGAUCUGACAGAGUUUGGGGAAGGAAUAAAGCGAAAAGAGAAAGGGCCCCAAAGAAAGCUGCGGAGAGUGGAAGAGGGGAGGGGCGAAAGAAAAGGAACUGGAGUUUCGUCUUGUGUUCAAAUCGAGGAAAUUUCGGAAGGCGAGGAAGAGCCAAGUUGCGAAUAUUCCUUUACCGGAGAGGCUCGAAAAGACGAAUCGGAGGCUCCUUUGUCUUUUCCAGAGUCCCAAGACUCCAACAAAAAUGAAAUGAUUCAUUUUUCUGCAUUUGCUGGCGCGGAAAGCCGGGCGAAGUUCGCGGGCGUUGAGUGCGCGGUUUCGGGUGUAUGUACACCUGACGCUGCGGCGGAAGCCGCGCGCGCGCCCGCCGCCGAUCCGCAGACUUCCAGAAGUGUCAAUUUGAAUUUAAAAACGGAAUUGAACUCCAAUUCAAAUGUUUUUCACCACAAAGUCCUCAAGCCUCUUCCUCAAACCACUCCUCAGUUCGACUUCGGACUUUUCAUCGUCCGCGCCGCCGCGAUGUCCAGACACGCCGACGACAUAUUUCCGCUGCUCGAAGAUGAAGAACUCAUGGAAGGCUCUGUAGUUUUGCAAAAAUAUCUGGGGCCGAAAAAGGAGGGAGCGAAAAGACGCGGCGACUACUUCAUGGUUGACAAACUCAUUGCAGAAAUACCAAGUCAAGGAGGAGUGUACCGUCCUUUCCUAGACAUAAGGGAAGCCCCUUGGUGCUUCGAGCUGGACAGCGAAGAAAGCGACUCCGCUGCAGCCGAAGACAGCAGCAGCAGCAGCAACAGCAGGAACAGCAGCAACAGCAGCAACAGCAGCAGCAGCAGCAGCAGCAGCAGUGCGGGGGAGGGCAGCAAGGGGAGCAGAAGCAAAUUGAACAAGAAAGAAAUACUUCGGAAGAGAAUUGAAAAGCAAAGAAAGUGGAAUCCUUUUUCCAUCUUCGGUUCUUCGCCGCCUUCUGUGGAGUUGGAAGAUGUUUUUGGCUUUGAAGUGUACCGACACACCGCGCCGUCGGCGCGCGUCCACCACCCGCUGUUCCGGAGGCUCUCCCAGUUCAAUUCUUUUGCAAAUCUGCACGCCUCGCUGUCGGAGGCGGAGUGGGCGCCCGUGGCCUCCGCCUUCCGCCGCCACUGGCGCAAGCAGUGCAGGCUGGACCUGGACUGGCGCAACGACCCGCUCACAGUCGCCGAGAUCAUGUGGAUGCUCGAGGCCAACCAGCAGGCGCCCAGGCCGUCUAUGGGCUGUCACAUUUUGGCUCAGCCGGCUUUGCCUGAAGACUUCGAGGAGGACGGAAAGGAAAAAGAAGUGGAAGUAAAUGGAGAAGCAGCAGCAGCAGCUGCUGCUGAAAGCAGCAGCAGCAGCAGCAGCAGCAGCAGCAACUGGGGAGGCAGUUUGGGGGCGGAAGGGGAAGCGAAGAGCGUGGGCGGGGACUUGAAGAUAAAUGUCCCUCAGGUGUAA